GUGUGUCUCUUUAUGUGUGAAAUGGCGUCUUUCUCAGCCCAUAACUUGGCGAUCUGCGCUUUGGCGCUGCUGAACUUCGUCUUCGUCUUCGGCACCGGUGCUGAGUUUGUCCGCUUCGUCUCUUUUCGAGCAAUUUACCACAACAUCACCGGAGGCCCACCGCUGUGUCGGGACUCAGUGUCCUGGGCCGAGGCGUUGCGGGACAGCACAGUGCUAAGGGCUGCUGGUGUGGACCUGGGGCUACUGACUCUUUUCGCAGCCCAGCACAGCCUGCUGGCCUGGGGCCCCAUCAAGCGCGCCUGUCAGUCUGUUCUGGGGGUGCUGAACCGGGCCUUCUACUGCUCCGCCACCGCCCUGGCCCUCCAGGUGCUGAUGCGCUUCUGGCAGCCCGUGACCAGCGCCCCCUGCCUGUGGUCUGUGAGCAGUGCACCGUGGGAUACGUGGUUUCCGCUGCUGUGUUUCACGGUGCAUUUCCUGUGCUGGGCCAUCAUCUGCAGCAUACUGCUGAUUUUCGACUAUCCCGAGCUGCUGGGCAUCAAACAGGUGUACUAUGAGUGUCUGGGUUUGGGGGACCCCCUCUCCCUGAAGUCGCCCCGAGCCCAGCGGCUGUACGCCCACCUGCGUCACCCCGUGUGCGUGGAGCUGGCCGUGGUUCUGUGGCUCCUCCCCACCAUGCCGCUCGACCGGCUGCUCCUGGCGGGAGGCCUGUCCGCCUACCUGGCGCUGGGGCACUCCCUGGACAAGCAGGACUGCGAGUACCUGAGCGUCCAGCUGCACAGCAAGCUGCACCUCUUCACACUGCCACAGGAGGGCAGCACUGAGGCCAACAACCACAAAAAGGAUUAAGCCCUAGUCUUCCCUACCUGAGGACAGACCUGCUUGCUUUCAAUGCAAAGGGCAAACCUCAGACUGAAUGCUGCUUUUCUUAACUUGCCAUGUGGCUGUUGCUUCUGCUUUAUUUUUAGGAGAAAUUAUUAUGAUAUUAAAUUAGCAGCAGAAGGCUGUCGGCCCAGCAGAAAACCUGAAAAUGAGGGAGGAUUAGAUUUCCUUCUGCACAUGUGGACAGAAUCAUUCAGCACCAAAGAGACGCAUCUGUUGAGCUGGGCCUCAUUCACUCCAAAAAGGGGCACGUUGGGUUCCACAUUUAUGUCUGGGCCAAUGGCUCUCCAGAGCUGAGCUUCUGGCCCAAUCAGAGGCGAGUGUGUUGAUCGUAAGUCAUUGAGAACAAGGUGUCUACUGUGCUGUGCCGGACAAUUUGCAGUUUCAGACACAGUGCCCAAUUGUUCCUGAUUGUCGAUCUUAAUUAUGAAUCCAAUUAUGUGUGGAGCUGUGAAGACGUCCAAACCAGAAACAGACAAGCAAUAUGCCCCAUUUGUGAGCUAAUUUUUAGUUACUGGCAUCUGCACAAUUUUGUAACAGCCAUAGGCCAGCAGUCAGUCAUCAACUAAUUUAAGGUAAUGGCCAGUCCAAAAACCAUAGAAGGAGGAGGAAGGGAGCAGAGAUUUGCGUGCUUCUCUUAAACUGGCCCUGUGUGAAAAAAUAUAUCAACAAAUUCGUCUCUGACUGGUUCAGGAUGUCCUGCAUAGAUGCUCAUGAAGGCUUUGAAUUCGUAGUAAAGCGCAGUGCUUCUGGUUUGGUGUGAUUAAGAGAUGCUAUUGGCUGCUCAGAUGGGUUGAUGUGUAUUUCUCAACCAACUGGAAUACUGCCACUGUUGCUACAGUGCCAUUCUUCACUGACAGCGUCCCACGAACCGCUCCUUUGUGUUUGGAAGUUCAUGAUAAUUUAUCAGUUGUCAUUAUCAUUUAUGAUCAUGAUAACUGAAGUGAGAAUGUUUUUGCUCUGGAAACUUUUGUACAUUGUGUUUGAAUUUUAAAUAAUCAUGCACAAUUCAGUGAACUUAGUCAUUGGAUGGCUGGUUCAGAUGUGUUGUUAGUGGUGUAAGGGUAUGUCUUUUUAACGUAAAGGGGAAGGUUAAUAGGCACGGAGGCAAUGUUGAAAUCAGGUUAAGGUUUUUUUUGCCUUGCCCUUUGAUUCCUCUUUUUCACGCCUCCUGUUCCCCCAGUACCAUCCCCUAUUUUACUCUAUCUACGUGCCUUUUGUCUGCUUUGUGAGCUUGUUUCUCUCUUCUCCUCACUUUUCUCUCUCCCUUCCUCGCCCUGGCGUGAGCCCCCUCACCGAUCCCGUCUGCCGGUCAGGACCCGACUCCCUCUGUCCAGCUCGGAGCGCUGAACUCUGAUUGGCUGAGCGGCGUCACGUGACGAGGCCGGGCCAGGCAGUGUCCGGCGCGUCGAGCUCAGUGAUGGAAAACACGGCCGCUGUCUGUCCCUCGGCCGGUGUGUUCCCGGCAGCGCGGUGAACCGGAAAACUGAGGAACAGAAAGUCGCCGAGGGUAGACGUGUGGAAUUGAAUGUGUUGCACUGUUGUACGGACCAACACUGUAACCCCUGAUUGUAAUGCCUUCAUUUCCUUUUUUAAUAAUCAUUGUUGUAAACUUGAAUACGCCGAAUCACGCGUGAUCGCAGCAGUGUUAAAUUGCUUCUCCGCUAAGUGUUAACUCCUCGGAGGGAGCGAACGUGGUGUUGGAGCGUGGCUGUACAGUUAGAAGUGUUUAACAGUUUAACUGCUGAACACGGGUUUUUACCAAGAGUGUUAAACUGGUAGUUACACUGAAAAUAUUUUUAUACAAGUUUAAG